GGCCGCCUGUUUCUUUCCGGGGAUCGAUUUCACUUCCCUCCCGUCUCCAGUACGCCGGAGCCACCGCGGAGCCCCGUUGAUGCCCUCCGGCAAUAGGAAAGUCCGUUAUCCGGAGGAAGUCCCCCCUACUCCAGCCGCUGAUCUAUUUUACUGUAUUUAUUCGUGAUUCAGUCAGGUUGGUUGAAGUUCCAGGCAUAAAAAAUGAGCAUGGCAGUGACAUUUGGAUUUUCUAAUUCGUCAUCACAUGAAAGCUGUCAAAGUUAUAUUCUCUUAUAUUCUGAAACUUCACUUUCUAAUGGGAUGUGGGCAUUCCUUUAUUUUAUUGCUCUUGCAUACUGUUUCAUUGGGUUGUCGUCUAUUACUGCUCGAUUUUUCCGAUCAAUGGAGAACAUUGUUAAGCAUUCACGGAAGAUUGUGGAAAUAGAUCCUUCAACAGGCAAAGAGUUGGUUAAGUACGAUAAAGUUUGGAAUUACACAAUCGCAGAUAUCACCUUACUGGCAUUUGGGACAAGCUUUCCACAGAUCUCUCUAGCUACAAUUGAUGCCAUCCAAAACAUAGGUCAGCUCACUGCUGGAGGUUUAGGGCCAGGCACCCUUGUAGGUUCUGCCGCAUUUGAUUUGUUCCCGAUACAUGCAGUUUGUGUAGUUGUCCCAAAAGCAGGUACUUUGAAAAAGAUAUCGGACUUAGGAGUUUGGCUAGUCGAGUUGUUCUGGUCAUUUUGGGCGUAUGUUUGGCUCUUCAUAAUCUUACAGGUCUGGACACCAAACAUGGUCACCCUUUCUGAGGCCUUCUUAACAGUCUUGCAAUUUGGGUUGCUGCUGGUUCAUGCAUAUGCUCAAGACAAACAAUGGCCAUAUUUGUCAAUUCCUCUGGGAAGAAGCGAGAGGCCAGAAGAAUGGGUUCCAGAAAAUGAGAAUGUGUUCAGCGAUGAGUCCAAUAAUGACGGCAAUGAGAUAAUUCAGGUCAGUGAAUCACAAGACAAUGGUGUUGUAGAUAUAUUCAACAUUCACGCAUCUCAGGCCACCUCAGAUUUGGAGUACAAAAGCAUUCCAGAUAAGGAUAUGGGAGAAUCAACAGAUGUACUGUAUUAUAGAAACGUAAUUGACAACAAAGAGAAUGUCUUCUCAGUUUGGGGCCAACAAUUUCUUGAUGCACUAAUGUUCACUACCACUGAAUCUAAGAAGACGGCGGAUACCUUUUACUUGCGGGCUACAAUGAUUCUUUGGAAAUUAACCCUAAUGCCUUGGAAAUUAUUAUUUGCUUUUGUGCCACCAUAUAAAAUUGCUCAUGGAUGGGUAGCAUUCAUUGGAUCUCUCAUUUUCAUAAGUGGGAUAGCCUACGUGGUUACCAAGCUCACAGAAGGCAUAAGCUGUGUGACAGGAAUAAAUCCUUAUGUCAUAGCUUUUACUGCACUAGCUGGUGGAACCUCAUGGCCUGAUUUAGUCGCAAGCAAGAUUGCCGCUGAACGCCAAGUAACAGCAGAUUCUGCCAUUGCUAACAUCACUUGCAGCAAUUCAGUGAACAUAUAUGUCGGCAUUGGCAUUCCUUGGCUGAUAAACACAACUUACAACUUCUUCGCCUACCAAGAACCACUCUACAUCCAGAACGCAGCCGGGCUAAGCUUCUCUCUUUUGGUGUUCUUUGUGACCUCAGCUUGUUGCAUUGCUGUUCUUGUUCUUCGGCGCCUCGUCUUCGGAGCCGAACUCGGUGGGCCGAAGUUGUGGGCUUGGUCGACGUCGGCAUUCUUCAUUUCCUUGUGGCUCAUUUUCGUUGUUCUAUCGUCGCUUAAAGUGUCAGGAAAAAUAUAAUUCACAAGAUGCUCCAUGCACCAGUGGCCAACCUCUCAAAAGUCACUUUGCUUAUAUUGGUUUGGAUCCAAAGGCAGUCAUCUAAGGUGUUGGUGUCUUGGAGGGUUGACACAAUAUUUCAGAGGUUGGUUUUCUUCCAACAUUUCUUUACGGAAGCACAAAGGAAUAGUGCAUGAAAACCACACUGCAGGCAUGCAUGAUUCCAUGUCAUAUGACGUUAUUUCAAGUUAGUUGACGCGGAUAUAAUAUCAUUCGAUAGGCGUCAUCAAAAUUUUUUUGGAUUUUAGGAGGUACGUUUAGGUUCCAUAUGAACCUCAACCAAGCUCCUAAUGAAUAAUUUGAUUGGUUUUCUGAUAAUGAUAGUAUAUUACAUGUUGCCUUAUA